GGAUUGAAAAUCCAUUGGGACGUCACUUCGGUUGCCAAGAUGCGGUAGAACAUGAUUGCCGUUGAAACUUUGCGGUCUAUGCACAAGACUACGCCCUCAUGUAGGAUAUGCUUAUCCGGAAUUAUGUAAAAGGCCGCAAACGCUUAUUAACGUUGAACGAAACGCCUUUUUUUUUGUCAGUCGGUUUUAUUUCUUGUAAGAGAAUCAUUGGUCCAAGUAAAUCGAAAGGUUAGUUCUUAGAUUGAAAAUGGGCUUGGAUUGCUGCUGUAAAUUUCUCAAAUUUAUCGUUUUUCUGAUCAACAUUUUAAUAACUUUUGUCGGAAUUGCAGUGGUAGCACUUGCAGCAAUGGUAUUUGUUAACACCGCUGAAGUAGAUCCUUCUAAAGAUGAAUACACCAUGUCCUUUAAGAUUUGUGUCGUCGUUAUCGCCAUGGGCAGCUUGCUGACAAUUGUCGGUUUCAUCGGGUGUUGCGGGGCAGCCUUCGAGAAUCAGUGUCUUCUGGGGACAUUUGUCUUUCUAAUGAUUGCUGCCUUAGCAUUGGACGUGGCCGCAGCCAUCGUGGUUGACAAUAAUAAACCCACCAUCAUUUCCGAAACGGAAAACAUUGCGAAAGACAUGUUUUCGAAAUUGACUGAAAAGGCCAGCCAGGAAAAGGCCAACAUAUUUCAGUCACUGUUUAACUGCUGCGGAUUUAAAAGUGCCAAAGAUUGGGAAAAUGCCAAAUUAGAAAUCCCGGCCUCUUGCUGCAAAAAUUCGACGUGCACAGUUACUGCAGUCCCAGGCAGUAAAACUUCUGUAGACUUGUUUAAAGAAGACUGCGAUUCAGUGACGAAAAAAAAGAUUAAUCAAGUCAUGGAAAAUUCACCGAUGGUACUAGCGAUUGUUGGAAUAAUCGAAUCUUUUGCUCUGAUCACUUCCCUAGGUCUCUGUUGUUCAAUUCGAAAAGCGGGCUAUUGAAUUUUUAAAUAAAAACAUUUUCUUUUUCUUUAUCACCUAAAUACAAUGCAUGCCAUUAAUAUGAUGUCCUUCCAAUCCGACAAUCC